AUGCUAGGUGUAGCUUUUUCUGACAGCGUCUAUCCGACCAUAAGCGUGCGGCAGACGGGGUCUGAAUCCGGCAUAUACACUACUUUGCUAGAUCUCGCAAAGCAGAGGGGCUCAUCCAACGUGCAGGCCAUUAUAGAUUCUGUGACGGAGAUAGAACGUCUUCGCAAGUUCUUUUCCGCGGGAGGGCUCUCUCCAGCUACUGGAGGAUUUAUUGAUCGUUGCUUUGAGCUGUAUGCAGCGGCCUAUAUCCCGGCCAUGAAUGUCGCCUGGACGGCUCCAGCCCUGUCCAAGAAGGUAACCAAUAUGCCUAUUACUUGGUCCACGGUGGGCAUGAAGAAGUCUGCCUCUGGCGGUCCGUGUGCCCAUGUGGAUGUCCUCAAUGCUCUUUACAACAUGGGUGCUUAUGAGGUGACUCUCGGGGUCCAGGCGGUGACUAUGCAGGUGUCCGACCAUGCUACAAGCGAGUACACAGAGCAGUGUGCGUCUCGACGCUCUCACUUCUUGCGUGCAGCCUACUAUUUCAAGAGUGCAGCCAAGUUUAUCGGAAGUCUUCCUCAGGCCAUUCACAAUCUCAUGGAUCUAGAGUACACUGUCAGCUUCUUCGAGGUCCUAGAGAACCUCUACACUGGAAUGGCUUUCGAGUCUGUAUUGAGAGCCAAGAUUCCCGAUGCCUUGAGAACGCUUACACGCAUAGGGAACCAAGCACUGUUUGCCACCAUCUGUUCUCUAUCGCGAGCAGCCGUUCAUUACUACAAGGUGGCCGAUCACCUGUUGGAUGCUCACAAAGAAUUGAAGAAGGUGCUUGAGCCGGUUGUAAUUGCGCUAGUUGUGUAUAAACGCGCCUACUACUACUCCUUUGCCUACUACUAUGUGGGCCUCUGCAUGCGAACAGAUGCCAAGUACAAGGAGGCUCUGGACGCGUUCACAGAGGCGAAGGAUAUGGCCCAAGCUAGUUGUAGGGAGCUGGAAAAGGCUCCUCUGUCAGACCCUUACAAGAAGUAUGGGAUGAAGCACGCCCUGGAGGAUUUGAUCAGCCAGAUUUCAAAGUACUUGGAUGCAAUCAGCUCUGCAUGCACUGGUCUAAAGCCCGCGAUGCCAGACGCCCUUAUUGAUCUAUCUUCUGAGAAGCGUAAGCUGGUUCUGGAAACAUAUUCUAAAGUGGGAAGAGAUUUGCCAAAGAUCGGCAAUACUGAGCUCGGAUCCGCGUUUCGUGCUCUCAUUCAUGAGGAUCUCCCAUCUGAUGCUCCAGCGACAUAUGCCAAACUGGCGGAGUACUUAGAUGAGCUUAUUGCUACAGAAAAGAAACAGAGAUCCACUGUCUCAGAGCGGAAUCUUGCCUUGGCGAAAACCUGUGCAACAAUAUGCGCAGCAGAAACGAAUAAGGAGGUCAAAAAGUGCUUCUUCCUUGUGCACAACGUUUUUGCAAAUCACCUUCCGUGCCCCCUGGAUCCUAUUGAGGAAGCCGUCGUUUCAACCGACAACCCGAGAGCAGCAAAGCUUCUCUCUCGCCUCACUGUUUUUAAAAAGGACACGGAGGAGUUCAAGCAGAAAUACAAGGAGUUUUCAGAGGCCGUCGCUCAGACAGGAAAGUUCCCGCUAGCGUACCAAAAUCUUAAAACAGCAAUUCAGAAUACAACGUCACUUCAGACCUCAGAUCAGGAGCGUACUAAGAAGUACACAUCCAAAUACUGGAAUUCGCAUGACUUCCAGGGAAUUCUAGUUGUCUUUCUCAAGUCAUGCAAGGACCUAGAGAUGACCUUCAAGGAUAUAGGACUUACGUGUGUUAAGAUCAAGGAUGAAUUUACUGCCGAGAAAUUCGAGGGGGAGUCUGGGAAGUUCGAGCAGAUUCUCGGCUAUAAGAUGCGCCUUCCUGAGAUCGACGUGCUUCUGCCAGAAGAUAACGUGGAAGACAAUGGAAACGUUGAUUACGAGUCUCUGUCUUUUGCACGCAAGGCGACCUCCCUACCUCUACUUUUGAAGGCCUAUGCAGCUGAACAGCCACAUCCAAAAUUCGUGACAUAUGCAUACAGUCUAGCAGCCCAAGCAUACGAGCUCCUCCUCGGCAAGUACAACUGCACGCUUAUAGACCUGGAUGAGGACGAGGCUAGUAUUUACAACAAGGCUGAAACCAAGGAUAGCAAAGUAGCGCUUGUGAGGGCCCAGGAACGCGUGAAGACAGCGUACAAGGAGAUGGUUGCCGAUGUCUCUAAGAUGUGCGAAGUUCUUGAGGUCUUUCUCAACGAUGUUGGGGUUCAGCAGACCAUCAUAUCACAGCACUCCGACAUCCUCUCCUCGUUCCGCUCCGUAAAGAAGACCCCUGUCAAUGAGUACGAGAAGAUGGACCUGGUCAUUAACACGACAACGGAGAAGAUGCACGAGCUCUCGACAGCUAUCGACCAAGUCAUGAAGAAGAUCGACGACUGCAGUGCAAGGGCCAAGAAGCUGUUAGAAGAUUCCGUGACGCGCACCAACAACUAUAACAGCGAGGUUAAUGCAAAGGCCGAGAAUAUUAAACUCCAUGACCCCAUCACAAUCACCACACAGUAA